UCCUGCCGCGCCUGGCAUUGGGAACGGCAGGCGGGCAGCGGCCAUGCGAGGCUGCGCUCGCUGCCUUUCGCUGCGCGCCGCCGGCUCGCUGAUUAACUGCGGGAGUAACGCGGGCGCGGGGUACCUGCCAGCCCGGCAGAGGCCUGUGCGCGUCAGCUCUCCUGCUGCGAGGCUCACUCACCCAAACCCGAAUGUGAGGUAUUGAGAACCUGCCUUGUGAGCUGCAAAGGAACUUCCAGCUGAUGAGGGAGUUGGAUCAGAGAACUGAAGGUGUGUUCAGGUAUUUUGAUAAGAAGGCAGAAAUUGACAGGCUGGCAGCAGAAUACAUUGAAUCAGUGAAGAACAUGCUGCCUCAGGAGAGAGUGGAACACCUGAAGAAAAUCCAGAAUGCCUACAGCAAGUGUAAAGAGUACAGUGAUGAUAAAGUCCAACUGGCCAUGCAGACAUAUGAGAUGGUGGAUAAGCACAUCCGCCGGCUGGACGCAGACCUGGCGCGGUUUGAAGCGGACCUGAAGGACAAAUUGGAAGGCAGCGACUUUGAAAGCCCAGGAUCCCGCAGCCUGAAAAAGGGACGGAGUCAGAAAGACAAAAAAGGCUCUCGCGGUCGGGGCAGAAGAACAUCUGAAGAAGACACACCAAAGAAAAAGAAACUGAAAGGAGGUUCCGAGUUUGCCGACACCAUCCUGUCAGUGCACCCCUCAGACGUCCUGGACAUGCCAGUGGAUCCCAACGAACCUACCUACUGCUUAUGUCACCAAGUGUCCUAUGGAGAGAUGAUUGGCUGUGACAACCCAGAUUGCCCAAUUGAAUGGUUCCACUUUGCUUGUGUGGACCUCACCACCAAACCUAAAGGGAAAUGGUUUUGUCCUCGUUGUGUUCAAGAAAGAAAGAAGAAGAAGUAAGGAGCUAAGGAGAAUACCCUCUGAGGCAAGAAGAAUUUCCUUCAUUCAUGCUACAAUAUUAUCAUGAUGAUUUUUUUUAGCUUACUUUCCUUCUUUUCUGAUAUUUAAUUGUCCACUGGCCAGUUGUUAUUCCUGUUAUGAGAAAAAAAUUACUUUGGAAGGGAAUCCCAGAUCCCUUUGCCACAGGGUUUUUAUUUAUGUUACACUUGCACAGCACUGAAAUUGGUGUUACUAUGAAGUUGUAGGGCAACCGGGAGCUGUAUAGUCUUUGCUCUAUGAAGGGCACUGCAGGAGAUGGAAGCAUCUUCAGCAUGGUGCACUGUAUUCACCCAAAUAGUUUAGGCUUGGAGUUUGGCUUGAUGGAGGAGUUCUCCAGCGCAGCCUGCCUGAGAGGAGUAGGCUCCAUUGUCUAGGUGUGAAGUCCUUUUUUAGGCAGUUUUGUAGUCCAGAAGGAGCAGGGAAGUGAGUGAACUGUUUCCAGUGUCCAUUUCCUCGAAGCCAAGUAGUGUGGUUAGUUUUGACAGGGCAGAAUGGGAGAGAGGUAAGCUCAAACCUUCUCUUUUAGGGAGAUUUCCUCUGUUUACUUUUGCACUGCCUUUCCGUUACUUGAUCUUUCCCCCAUUGAUGUGAACCUUAACAGAAGCAAACCAUUUCACUUCUCACGUCCUAGACAAGGUUUCUCAUCUCGGGAGAAAACCUUUACAUAACAAAGGAACUGUUCUGCAGUGUUUCAUAGUGGUAUUGAGAGAGAGGGUUACCUUACCUGGCUGUUUCAUUUCUCUGAAGUACCUUAUGGAGAAGAUGAGACCUGCAGCAUUCUUACAGCAGUACGAGGUGGGAUUUAUUCAGGAGAUGGAGAGCCUGAUUUUUUUGUUACUUGUGUUUACCUGUGCUGCAUCUGGGUAAAUCAAGGAGCAUUAAGGAAAGGCUCCAGACGGAUAAUCUGUAGGUUCCUGUGAUGUGGCAAAGCUGAAAGGCAGCCACGUGGUAGCUUGGUGAAGGGUUUUGAAUGGUAUUUGCUGUGAAGCACUGCUAUUGACGAAGGCCUUUCAGCGGGGAUGUUUCUAAAUUGCUUCUCUUUCUUCUUUCUUUUUAGUACAUUUGCAUAUUCUUGACUUCUUUAAGCUGCCUUUCAGAUUAUGAAUGUGAAUCCUUGCAGUCAUCACUGUGUCAGCUGCUGCAGCAGAAGGGAUAAUAGGAAAUUAGGAGUAGGGAAACAAAAAUCUGAGUUUUGGUUGUUCGGUUUUGGGUUUUUUUUGUCUGACUUAUAGUGCAUGCAGAAGUUGAGGGAAGACCAGAGAGUACUUUUUGUCUUCAUAGAGAUCAUCUAUAUCCUGGGGCUUUUCAGCCUACAAUUGAAAAUGGUGGGGAAAGGUGGAGAAGGGGAGGAGAAAAGGCUCCAAACCAAAUUGCCCUGCGGCAGCAGGCACCACAGCUCAGGAGCUUUGCUGGCUGUCAUUCCUGGUGGUUGUGGAUGGCAGCUCUGUGUAGGGCUGUGUACUGCUUUGCACACCACUGUACAGCAGCACUUGGUAUAGGCUGCUGCAAAGGCAUUAAGAAGCUUCUAGAUAAGCUUUUGAUUUGCUCUAAAUUCAAUCUAAAUAAACAGCACAGAAUGAAAAAACAAUAAAGAAAAAACCCCACCCACACAAAAAAACCUCAACCAAAACAACAACAAAAACCCACCACCAAAACGCACAAACCAACCUCACCACACUUCUAGGCAGGUUUUGUCACCUGUUUGCAAAAGGAGAUAUUUUUUAUUCCCGUGUGAUACUGACACAUUUUAUGCCACGAAGGAAAGCAGGACACAGCUCUUGCAACUUUUCCUUCCCUCCUUUGCUGAGUGGGGUUGUGUAGAUACUGCGAGCCUGUCAAUAUUGAAAUAGAAAGAAACCUCUUGCUACUGAGACAGCUUUGCUGUGAACAUUUUGAUUUAUUGCAUCUGCUAUGGAAAAAAAAAGCCAAACCAAAGCCACCUACCUGUGUCUCCUGGGUCGUGUCACGUAUAAUGUGAUGCCACUCGUGUUUGGCUAGGCUGCAUCCCGUCCUGUGAAGUUUCCACAGCUGUGUUUCCAAGGUGGUGUGCAUUUGUCAUUGCUGCCGUUGUAAUAGCAACUGGAAAGCCAGCAGGCAAAUGUAAAAGGAGCUUGCUGAGGGGAAGGAGGAAGAAAAGUAUGGUCACACAAACCUGAAGCAGUCAGCCCUCUUUCUUCCUUCUGUCUCUCUUUUGUGAGAGCAAAUCUAAUCGUGAUACCUCAUGAGCCAGGCUGUAAUUCAGUAAGCAGUGAGCAAGACUUCUGCACCUCACUGAUCUGCUGCACUGGAUGAAUGUAAGAGCACUGCUGCAUUUUCAACACUAGUGUUGGUGUCACUUCAGGUUUUCUUUCCCCCUUCCAUCCAGUGGCAUUGUGUAUCUCUUCUGGGGUGGAGUGAGUAUUUCUUUUUUUCUCUUAAGGCUUUGUUUAGUAGUGGUGACAAUGUAGAUUAAGCAUUUGAUUUGAAAAGACUCUUAAAAUUCCACUGCACCUCUCUGGGAAGGUCUUGCCCUUAUGGAAAUGCACAGCUACAGAUGAGUAAGUGCAAAGGUGACCACCCGCAGCUCGGGAAGGGUGGUCAGGUUAGGAGAGAAGAAUGCAUUUUGUUAGCAAGUGGGUUUGGGGGUAGAGAAGAGCAGACACUUUUAACCAGCGAAGCAAAAUGAAAACCAAGAUAGCAUCAGCCCUCCAAAGGAAAGCUACUUUGCAGGAGUCACAGUGUGAGGUACAACAUCCUCACUUACCGUGUAAGCCGUCUAAUGUGUCAGGACAUCUGACACCAGCAAUAAACUCUCCUGCUCAGAACAUAUCAGCGUGGGAGCACUCAAGGGCUCAUAAACACCUCUUGGCCACGUACACCUGACUUUGGAGAUUGUUUUUAAGCUCCUGAUAGACAGGAAUUCCAGUAGCCUUCAUUGUUGCUUAGGAAAGGAUUUAAAUCUUUCUCCUGAAUUUUGAAUGUACAAUGUUAAAUGAACUUCUCUGGAGAAGGGACUGUGACACAUGGAAAAGGAAUGUCCCACUAAGAUUGUCAGAACUCCUGCACACCCUGUGGGGUUCAGCUUUAUUGCAGCUGGUGCAAACUGGAGGUGAAAUGACUUUUAACUCAAUUGUUCUGUUUUUUAAAGGAAUUGGAUCUAUGUUCCCUUUGUAAAUGGAAGAGAAUAUAAAUCUUUUUAUUACAAAGAAAAAAAAAAGGAAUAUAAAGUUAAAGUGUAUGUCUGUAUUUUUGGAUCAUGUUAUAGAUAACAGAUAUAUUAUUAUAAAUAAAGUAUUUUUGGGACAACGA